AUUUUUAUAUCAAGCAGCUUGUCAGUUUAACACUAUUGUUUACUGUAUGAGUGUGCCUACAGAAACAAUUGUUGAUUUAAGAGCUCAAGUAAGUCAGAGAUUGGUUGAAUCAGGAGUAUAUGAACGUAUUUUGUUAUAUUUGAAUAAAAGGCUUCAUGAAUGUGGAUGGUAUUCGGAUAUGAAAAACCAUGCUCUUUUUAAAGUACGUCAUCAAGAGAAGCCUAAUUUCGAAGAUUUAGUAAAAGAAAUUGAGCGGAAAGGCCUUGCUACUGUUCCUGAAGAUCUUAAGAUAGAGGUUCUUGGAAUGAUUAAAAAAUUUCUAGAAGAAGUUGUAACAAUAGAAGAGACUGAUAACUAUUAAUUUUUCGAUAUGCAUUGUUAAAGAAUCACUGGUAUAUGAAUAUGU